CAUUCAUCCUAUGCUUUUUCACGUCCCAUCACCAAUCUCUCUCUCUCUCUUUUCCCUAAAAAAAUUCCCAUUUUUCUUUCUCUUUCUCUCUCUUUCUCUUUCUCCCCCAAACCAAACCAAAACUAAACGCUCCUUUCUCUCUCUCUCUCUCUGAAACCAGAAACCCUUUCCCGUGAAAACAUUCACCGCAAACUCAAACAAACACACACACACUCCUUAAAACCUUCAAAACCUUAAAACACUGAACUAACAACAGCAACCAAACCUUAAAACCUUCGAAACCCAACCCAACCCUUCUUACAAAAACUCUUAAAUCAAAACUACCCCCACAUCACACAAUAACCAAACACAAACAGAAAAACCAUAACCUAUAUUACUAGGUUGUGGUGCUUCUUCAUUAAUGGACACAGCUUCAGGUAGUGAAGGUGGAGGAAGAGGAGAAGAAAGAGGAGAGCCUGAACCUCCAUCACCGCUGCCUGUUGCUGCAGCACCAACAAUUACCACUACCACAGCCACGCCGGCGGAGACAUCAUCGCCGCCGGCGCCACCGAGCAGGUACGAGUCUCAGAAGCGAAGAGACUGGAACACGUUCUUGCAGUACCUUCGGAACCACAAGCCGCCAUUAACGCUAGCAAGGUGCAGCGGCGCGCACGUGAUCGAAUUCUUGAAAUACUUGGAUCAGUUCGGAAAGACCAAGGUCCACGUGCCGGGAUGUCCGUAUUUCGGACAUCCUAACCCUCCCGCACCCUGCGCCUGCCCUCUUAAGCAGGCGUGGGGCAGCCUUGACGCCCUUAUAGGAAGACUCAGGGCGGCCUACGAAGAAAACGGAGGCCGCCCUGAGUCUAACCCGUUCGGCGCCAAGGCCGUUAGGAUUUACCUGAGGGAAGUUAGGGAAGGACAAGCCAAAGCGAGAGGGAUCCCUUAUGAGAAGAAAAAGCGAAAGAGGUCGACGGUGACGGUGUCGGCGGUGAGUAGUAGUAGUGGAAGUGGUGCAAUUUCUAUUGCUAGUGGAAGUGGUGGUGGCGGCGACGGCAACAACGGCGGUGGUGAAACUCCUGCCUGUGGUGGUGGAGCCGGUGGUUCUAGUUCUAGUGCUAGUACUCUAACUUCUACAGCUAAUGUUUCUACUACUUCUACCACCGUAUAGUAACUUAUGAAUUUCAUUAAUUUAUUUUUUUUCUUAAAAAAAAUUAUUAUUACUCUUAAUUAUCUUUGAUUAUUGUGUAGGAAAUUAAUUGUGAUUAUUAUAAGGAGUACAAGUUACAUGAUUGUUGUGGCAAAUUUAUUUUCUGAUGAUCAAAUUAAUUAAUUGACACGCCCUUUCAAUUAUA